AUGUUGGAGAUGAUGAUGAGGUUUUGCAGCAGCUGGGCACUUCGUGCCUCUCCCGAUCUGCUCGGCGUGGAAUCCCCGACCGAGCCCCUCUCCAUUAUCCUCUUGCUUGAGACUGCCAAGGUCGUUCUCGUCCUUGACAACUGCGAGCAGGGCAAGGUCAGCCGCUGCCUCUUCUAUUUCUUGGUCCUCCUGGCUGGACGGUUCCCCACCAUGAGAAGACAGGGAGAGGAGGGCGUGCUCUGCAUCUCCUUCCCUAGCCCCUCUAGAUCGAGCGGCAGCCAACGAGGUUCAGCAUCCAUCGGCCCAUCUCUCCACCUCCACGCCUUUGCUGAUUACAGAUCCAGAUGUAUUUUGUAUCUAUGCAUAUAAAUUGUUUGAGGAAAUAUCUAAGCAGGCUGAAGGUACAAGCUAGCUACCUUUUUAAUGCUAUAUUGUUUUCUCAAUUAUGCAUUUCUUCUGAAAUUUACCUGCAAUCAGAUAUUACUUACCCAUAUGAUAUUUUCAUCUCUUAGUUAUGUGAUUCUCAUUUGCAAGCUAUCAAUAAUGAGAUGUAUGAGUGCUAUAUUUUUAUUUCUGCACGAACAGAUCAAUCAUUGCUUGCCUAUUUGUCUUUUGAAAGGUGCAAAUUUUUGGGUUUUUAGAGCUACAUGUGUGUAUUAUAGAAAUUGUUACUGUGAUGUAGGUGAAUAAUAGGGCUUCCCAUGCCGCUUGGAAUGGUGGCUGGCCACCUGAUCGAGGCUCUU